UCUUGAUAAUACAAAGUUUAGUGUAUACCUUCGUUAUCUUUUAGCAGAAGACGUUACAGAAAUACGCGUGACCUGCAUUUGACAGAACAGGAAUGCCUUCCCAGCUGUGGGCCGCCCUGCUCUUGUGCCUGGUUUCCAGUCCUUGGGUGAUCACCUCCGGAUUACCCAACAUUCCUAAUCCUAAUGGCAAGGCAGCGUUUAGCCAGAUUCUUCAAGCCAACAUGGAGAUAGAGCGCGACUUCUUCUCCAGUCCACCCCUGCCGGAUAAUGUGUUUGAAGGAGAUAUCGAGUUAACUCAAGAGCAAUUGAUGAAUAUCGAUAUUUAUGGUGACAUUAGAGGCAAUGUCAGCAGAGCAGCAGGUAGUAACAGCCGUAUCCGAUGGCCUAACGCAAUCAUACCUUACGAGAUUGACUGCAGUUUACAGAAUAUGCCUGAGGCAUUGAAUGCCAUACAGUCAGCCAUGAAGGAGUGGGAAAGCAAAACGUGCAUUAGGUUUGUGAAGAGGACAUCUCAACGACAUNUAUAG